ACCAUCGCUACAAUGUAUUGCUGAAACUCGUUCAUCGGACCAGCAAUUCGAUAGUCCGGCAUCUGCGGUCUUCAUUGUUGUGCAAGACUUCGCGACUUUGAUGCAAACAAGACGCUUAACCACGCUGGUAUUAUUGAUUCAAUUCAAACCACCCGAGGCGUUCACGCAUCAACCAAAACUCAGUGAGUAUCUACGGUCUACUUGUGCAUGGCCUCUGUUCUGCGGCCAAAUCCAUCGCACCUGGAAUCCGAUCUGUGGCUCUGAAACGCAAUCAAAGACUGUCCGCCUGGCGCGAUAAGACGAUGGAUUGCUGUGCAGCUGUUGUCUGAAAUCUUUGCCACGCUAUACCCCGGACCAA